CAGCGAAGAAUUAAGCUCAAGAUGUCCAAUGGCACAUCAGAGGAGGAAUUCCAUCCUAUAUUUUCCAGAGAUCCAGCAGAAUUUGUUAACUUCGUAAAUAAGGAAGUUUGUGUAACAUUAGAAGAUGAAUCUCAGCACAUUGGCUGGGUGUACACCAUUGAUCCAGUCACUGAGAAUAUCAUCUUGGUAAACUUCAUCAAUGGUGAAGAGAAACUGGAACUUCUCAUGGGUCAUGCUGUUAAAGAUAUUGUUAUACUGAACAGUAACAAAGAGACCCACAAAGCUGAGUUAGACCGUAUGUUCAAGUUGCAAGUGGUAACACAGCUGACUCCAGAGGAGAUGAAACAAAGACAAGAAAAGUUAAGAUGUUGGUUGAUGAAACAUAGAAUCCCAGUCCAAACCACAGACAAUGAAUGUUUGAGUGUCUCUGAUGCUCUCGUAAUAGAACCUCCCUAUACAGCAGAGAGUUGCAGGAGCACUAAUGAAAUUGUUCUAGGAAGGGUCCAGGGACUUAUAAAAAAUAUGCCUGACCAGGUGGACGAUUGGUGAUAGUUUAUUUAGAAAUAGGGACCCUUCCUUUUUUUUACAUUUAAAAGAUGCAUUCAAGCUAAUGUAGUAGAUCCAGCAAAGUAUCAGAUACGUUUUGCUCAGCUCAGCUCUAAUCAGAUAGAUGAAUACAAGUAGCAAGACUUUUAAGUACUAUUUUCUAAGUUUAUUGAGCAAAAGGAAUGUUGACAUUGUAUUUUUGUUAAUUGUAAAAUUAUAUUGUAUGAAAAUUAUAGUGUAUAGGGAAAAUAAAGCUGAUGCUCUAUAUUUCAAUUAAA